AUGGGCUCUUCAGAAAGUGUUCCAAUUCCAGGUGGAGGAACUGAAGGAUAUCACGUUCUCAGGGUUCAAGAAAAUUCUCCUGGACAGGCAGCAGGAUUAGAACCAUUUUUUGAUUUUAUUGUUGCAAUUGGAAAUGAUCGCUUAGACAAAGACAACGACUCUUUUAAAGAAAUAUUGAAACAACAUAUGGAUAAACCUUUGGAAUUAACUGUCUAUAACAGUAAAACGCAAACUGUUCGUCAAACACAAAUAAUUCCAACACAAGGCUGGGGUGGUCAAGGACUUUUGGGUGUUUCUAUUCGUUUUUGUUCUUUUGAUGGAGCUAAUCAAAAUGUUUGGCAUAUUCUCGACAUUCAACCAAAUUCACCAGCAGAAUUGGCUGGGUUAAUACCAAAUACGGACUAUGUUUUGGGGGCAGAAUCAUUACUUCAACACGCUGAUGAUUUAAUUGCUUUGGUUCAGGCAAAUAUUGGGAAGCCUUUAAAGCUUUAUGUCUACAACAUCGACGCUGAUUCUGUUCGAGAAGUCACUUUAGUCCCGAAUUCGGCAUGGGGCGGAGAGGGAUGUUUGGGUUGUGAUAUUGGUUAUGGUUAUCUACACAGAAUUCCUGUCUCUAUUGAUCGUUCACAGCCGAGAGAAGAAAAAUCUGUUGUUUUGCCAACCCAAAUGAUGGAGAAUUUGAAUAUUGGAGAGAAACAACCUUCUGUGAUUAUGCAACCUGGACAGACUGGAAUUCCUCAAAUUGAUCAAUUUGUUAAUGCGUCUAAACGUGAAGAUUCUGAGCCUAAACGUUUUCCAAAUCCAAAUGAAUUUCUUCUUCCACAAACUUCAACAGCUACAAAUACUUUAACUCAACCAAUUCAACAACCAAUUAAUGGAAUUUUUCCUCCUCCUCAAUCUUUAGAUAAUAAUCUUUAUAUGCCUCCACCUCAACAACCAAUUGAUGAAAUUAAAGAGAAAUUAAUUGAAAAUUUGGAAGGAGAAAAAAAUAAAGAAGAUAAUCAAGGACAAGGAGAAAAAACAACAACAUUUGCUUCUCCAUUGGUGUCUCCUCCAUUGGUGUCUCAAGCUACUCCAAUGUCUCAGGCUAUUCCAAACCAAUUAACUUCUCCAAUGGUGCCUUUUACUUCUCAAAAUAUUCCAAAUCAACUUCCUCCUCUAUCCUUUCCGCAACAACAACCCCAACCACCUCCCCCAAUCAAUACAAGUGCUUAUCAACCAUUUUUGGCUUAUGGAGCUCCUCCAACUUCUGGAGGAUAUUUUGGUGGAUUUCAGCCUGUACAACAACAAUAUUUUUCUGAACAGCUCCCGAUGUUUGGUGGGCAAGAAAUGUUGCCACCACAACAAUUUAAUCAGCAACAAACGUCGGUUAAUACAUCGGUUCCAAUUCAACCAUUUUUUACAGCAUCAACAAGCGGUGUUCAUCAACAUAUUUAUUCGUCUGCAUAUAAUCCACCACCACUUCAACCACCAUCAAUUAAUCAACAACAAUAUUCACAACAUCCACCAGUUACAUUCCCAAUGCCCCCAUUAUCUUCUUUAGGAAUUUCUGGACUUGUAAUUCCUCCACCACUUUCAACAAGUAUUCAACAAUCUAAUAAUAAUGAACAAAUAAUUUAUGGACAACAAAUUCAAGCAAUGACUGGUAGUGGUGAACAACAACAGAUGCAACAAACAGGCAAUUUUAUGUCUCACCCACCAAUUCAACAACCAGUUCAACAAUUUCAUAGUCUUUAA